AUGGACCGAAUGCAUUUUGUGGAAGAGGAAGCGGAAGAUAGCCUCGCCCUAGAGGCCGAGUUCGAUACGAUAGUGCAAGAGGUCUUGGACCCGCACUACAUCAAGUGGUCCAUGAAGAAGCUCCAACGCCGCAUCAAAGAUCUCCAGAACCAAAGAUUCCGCAACCGGACCGGGCUGAACCUGUGGUAUGAAAAGAGGGCGAGUGAGUGGAUUGCAAACGAGAUGUCGAGCUAUGAGACACAGAUUGGGCAUGGAACUCGGAGGAAGGAGGUGGCAUGCCACCGUGUAUCCAAUGAGGAGGAACAUGGAGUCGUUAUAACAGGGUAUUGA